AGCGGCGCUGGAAGGAUGUUCUGUCGCAGACACCUGGAGUAUCCCGUAAGCUGGCUCCAUGCCCUUCUCCGCCCCGUCCUCGCUCCUCCCUCGGCUCUCUCCACUCUUCUCAGCUCUUCUUUAGCUUCCCAGACUCGCAUGGACUUUGACGGGAAAGUGUGGCCCUUGGCGGGCGGCUUCGGCCGCUACACCCGGCUGGUGGCCGUCGCCUCUUGGCUGCCAAAUGUGUUUGUGUCCCUGGGCUUCUUCUCUGACGUCCUGUACACCGGCGCCCCGGAUUACCAAUGCCAGGGGCUGACCGGGGGCCCCUGCGGAGGAGGCAACAGCAGCAACAACAACUCAGGGGCCACACUCAGCAACAGCAGUAGCUGCCCCGGAGAAUGGGGGCUUCAGACUCAGAGCUGGCUGGAGAGCACCCUGGUUACACAGUGGGACCUCGUGUGUGAGAACGGGUGGAAGGUGCCGCUGGAGCAGAUCUGUUAUCUGAUUGGCUGGUUGUGCGGUUUCAUCAUCUUCGGAUGUGUAUGUGACAGGUUUGGACGGCGCAAGGCUUUCAUCAGUGCCCUGAUGGUGGCGCUGCCCCAUGGGGUGGCCCUAUGCUUCUGUCCAGGUUACUUCAGCUUCCUGGGCAUCAGGAUAGUCUUUGGUGCGGCUCUGGCUGGAAUCUUCCUGUCUUUCUACAUAGCAAGGUUAGAGCUUUGCCCCCCUGGUCUCCGGCUCAUGAUAACCAUGAUUGGCGGGUUUUUCUGGUUAGGAGGUAAGCUGCUGCUUCCAGGGAUGGCUGUGUUGUGCUCCGACUGGAAGGUCUUACAAGGGGCAGUGACUGGAGCGCUGCUGAUACUUUCCGGUUAUUGGUGCUGUCAUUUACUCUUCCCUGAAUCCCCCCGCUGGCUUCUGGCAACACAGCAGUUAAAUCGUUGCAAGGCAGAGCUCUGCCUCUUCUCCAGGGCGAAUGGAAUAGACACAGGAGAUGAUUUUGCUGGUCGGGAUGGUCUAUUCACAGAACUAGAUUCACUUUGGGAGGGUUUCCCACGUCCUCAAUAUUACAGUGUCUGCAGUCUGUUCGGGACUCGUCUUAUUUGGCGGAAUGCAUUGAUUCUUGGAUUCACGACGUUCAUCGGCAGUGGCAUCAGACCAUGUUUUGCCCGGAACCUCAUGGCUCUAGGUGGCUCUAUUCCAUAUUUUCUCCAGACUGGUAGUGAAGUUCUUGCUUGUAUCUUCCUCUGCAUCACUGUGAACCACUGGGGUCGUCGUGCAGUUCUCCUCCUGUGCACCAUCCUGACUGGGUUCAGCUCUCUGCUGCUCCUGGCCCUCACACAGUACCUCUUUACAGCAGUGUCUAUAGCCAUAUCUGUGCUGGGAUCCCUCUCUUCUCAUGCUGUAGUGAUGCUGAGUGUCUUCUAUGCCAGUGAGGUGUUACCAACAGUAAUCCGGGGUUCUGGCCUGGGCCUUAUUCUGGGUCUCAGUAUAUUGGGCCAGGCUACGCUUCCAAUCAUGAAUCUUCAGCAGAGAUCCGGCUUCUUCUUGCACCAUGUUGUCCUCUCAUCUUUUUGUAUCCUGUCAGUCCUUAGUCUUCUCUUACUGCCAGAAACUAAAAGGAAGGGUCUUCCCGACACUCUGAGACAAGGAGACAGCCUGCGUCGUCCACCGCUCCUCAUACAUGCUACCCAGGAUGCAGUGCCACUGCUCUCCCAUGGCAAGCCCCGUGCGGACUACAAUCCAGAUAGCUAUGCCCAGCUAGCGAGUGCCACAAAGAAAAUGAUUAAAAGAAACUCCAUAAAUGGACAGGAUAAUGAAGCUUUGAUCAAUGAUUAAAUGGACCACGGCAAUGUAAAUAACCACACCAGGGACCGCCGAGGGCAGAUCACCGGGGAGGACACCUGUAUGCCACAAUAGUGAUUUUUAUUACAUGUAUAAAACAUGGAAUUAUCAGGAACUUCUCCAUAAGGUGGAACCAUCAAUCCUCAAGAUGUAGCGAAAUCUGCCCCAGCAUUGACCCACUCCUCCUGCCAGUGAUGCUCCAUUACAUUAGCUCCCAGGACUUCAUCCCAGUGCAUUAAUACAAACUUCCCUCCAUCUGCAUCCCGACCCUCUCACUUCACCACGUCCUCUGCCUCAUGAAACCCAGGGGGACACAGUGACCCCCUGCCGAAACACCCAGUGUUAUCUACAUCAUCCUACACCUACUGAAGCUGGUCCCAGUCUCCUGCAGUAACAUAAAUAAGGAAACCAUUCUACUUUACAGUUACUGUAAACAGUUAAACACGUGGAUUGGUCAUCUUCCUGUGGACCAUGGAGACCUACAGUGCCCAUCUGUCUGACUGUUCAUCAAUACAAAAACCAGGACAUUACAGAACCAUGAAUAUAUAUACACUGGGAUUGCUAUGAAAGUUCUUCACCAAAGCUUCUAGCUGAUCCCCCAAUGGACAGACUUGU